GCUAUGCUGUACCGUGCAGUACCACCGCAAUACCUGAACGACGCGUAUAUCCACGCUAUCUGUGAUCGGCUUUGUCAUGAUAUCCCGUCUGCACGUUUUGCUGGAUUUCAAUCCGCAACGACAAAAGGCAAGCGCAAAAUGAAAUAUCAGGUGAUGUCGAGUGAUAUUCUCAAGCUUGUUGGAAGUCAAGCAGCUGAGUUGGAGGUAAAAACCAUCUUCGUCCCAAUUAACUUCAGCAACGCUCACUGGUGCAGUAUCGUUGUCGACACGCACUCCAAAACGAUACAUUGCUAUGAUCCUCUCAACCAGAAGGAGUUCACAUCGGCAGUUGAAGUUCUCGCGAUGAGCUUAAAAACCAAGGUUUUGCCCGCAUUUCGCAUCGAAGUCGACAAUGAUCCACUUCAGUUCGAGUUAAUUAGUUGCGGGGUCUACGUUUGUUGGAUGUUCAUC